UUUUGAACGGCAGGCGUGAGCGGGACCGUAUCAUCACUGCACCGGCUUUCACACUGCUGUUCUCGGGUGACCUGAUGGCGACUGACAUUGUUGCACAGUUGGCUGAUUCUUUGGCCAAGACCGGAGUUGAGGAUGGGGAGCUGAGCUACAAAGGUCAGGGAAGGAAGCUGGAUGAUGCCCAGUCAGUGGCAGAGAUAGUGAAGGAGAUCCAGGACUUUGAUGGCUUACAGGCUCUCAGACUGGAGGGAAACACUGUUGGUGUGGAGGCAACACAAGCCAUCGCCAAGGCCCUGGAGACGAAGAGCGACUUCAAGCGCUGUUAUUGGAGUGACAUGUUCACCGGUCGCCUGCGCUCCGAGAUCCCGCCAGCACUGAAUUCCCUGGGUGAUGCUUUGAUGCUGGCGGGGGCCAAGCUGACCGUUCUAGACCUCAGCGACAAUGCAUUUGGACCCGACGGAGUGAAGGGUAUCGAGAGGCUGCUCAAAAGCAGUGCCUGCUUCACAUUGCAGGAGCUACGGCUCAACAACUGUGGCAUGGGCAUCGGUGGUGGCAAGAUCUUGGCCGCUUCGUUGAUCCAGUGUCAUAAGAAGUCCAGUACGGAGGGGACCCCCCUCAGCCUGAAGGUGUUUGUUGCAGGAAGGAACCGUCUGGAGAACGAUGGAGCCACCGCCCUCGCUCAAGCCUUUCAGAUGAUGGGCAGCCUGGAGGAGGUUCACAUGCCCCAGAACGGCAUCAACCAUCCUGGUGUGACAGCCCUGGCCUCCGCCAUGCAGGACAAUCCGGGACUGAGAAUCCUCAACCUGAACGACAACACCUUUACAGACAAGGGAGCAGUCGCCAUGGCUCGAGCCCUGAAACAACUACGCAGCGUCCAGGUGAUCAACUUUGGAGACUGUCUCGUACGGGCAGCCGGAGCUAAAGCCAUCGCAGAAACCGUGUCAGAAGGCCUGCCGAUCCUCAGGGAACUGAAUCUGUCGUUUGGUGAGAUCACAGAGGAAGCUGCUCUCGCUGUGGCACAAGCAGUGAAGGGAAAAGACCAGCUGGAGAAACUGGACCUGAACGGUAACUGUCUAGGAGAUGACGGCUGCAAAGCCGUGAAGGACGCCAUGGAGAGCAUGGACAAGGCCGAUCUUCUCGGCUCCCUCAGUGAUGAUGAGGGUGAGCCGGAAGAUGAUGAUGAGGAUGAAGACGAUGAGGAAGAUGAGGAGGACGAGGAGGAGGACGUUGAUGAUGAGGAAUUAGAAGAGGAGGAGGAAGAAGAAGACGACGAUGAUGAGGAUGAGGAAGAAGAAGAGGAAAGCGGUGUGGAUAAGCUGUCCACUCCCACAUCCGCCCCCCGACCACCAGACGUCUCCUCCUUCCUCAGCUUUCCGUCUCCGGACAAACUGCUCAAAUUGGGCGCCAAGAGGGGGCUGCUGGUCCAGCAGGAGGUGGAUGUGACCGAUGCUACGAAAACAGCGGAGGCCUUCCUGAAGAUCGCUUCUGUGUACAAGGAGGAGAAUAACGACGUGAAGAACGCAGUGUUGGACACUAUUGAUGCUCUUCUGAAUAAAGCUUUCACCAGUCCCUCCUUCCAAGGCUACAACUUCGUGUCAGCGUUGUUGGUGCUGCUCGGACUUAUCAAGAGCGAGGAUAAGAUCAAGCCCGUGGUGGUGGUCUCUGGCCACCUCCACGCCUUGGAGCACGUCGUCCGACAGGACUACUUCCCCAAAGAGAACGUGGCCGUGCUGGAGGCCUUCAUGUCCCGGUAAGGACGUGCUGAAUGAGCCUGUCAGCAGGGAGCUUCCAGGAGCAACAAGACCCUGGAGUCGUGUGGAAACGCCAAAAACAACCUCCAGUCAACACUGCAGAGAGUCAGAUCUCAGAGCUGAGCCAUGUGCUCACACACAAACACACACACACACACACUGAACUUUGUUCAUGGACCCUCGGAAACCAGCACACGAGCCCAUACUUUUAAAUAAGUUCAACUAAGCAGCACUUGAGGGGAAGGUCUCCGCUCAGGAUCAAGCUGCAGCGUCUCUGCUAUCAUAAAGGGUUUUGUUUUUUUUCUUGGACUUUACUUGAAUUCAUUAAAGGAUUUCAUUUGGAGUAAAAUAUGCUCGUGUAGUGUGAACCGGUGGAAGCCCUUUUUGCGGACAAGUGUAACGACGGGACGGCGGUGACAACCGGAGGCCUCGCUCUUCACAUGAGCUGAAAUCCUCUGCAUCAUCUCCCCCAGCUGCAACCGUCUGACUCACGUCAGCAAACAGGGAAACUAUCAGCUGUUGUGGCUGCUUGUUGGUUUUUUUAUAGGUAUCUACAUUAACUAUAUUUUUCUUGUUUUAUAUUGAGUGUGUAAUAAAUCUAUAAAUUUGGUCAAUUACGGUUUUAUUGAAAUAUCUAUUGACCAGAAUAUCUUUUUAGAGUAAAACAGUUAGGUUGAUGCAUAUUUUCUGUGUUUAACUGCAGGAAAUAUGCGGUUAAACUAUUUGUGCUGCAAAAAUAAAACAUUUCAUGGUUGUACAA